AUUUCGUGACGUCAAUGGGAAAAAGAAAGCAAAACUGCCCGAUUGACAUGUAAACUUGAGCAAUGGAGGAAGCAACAGAUAUGAAUUUGCGCCCUAAAUAUAACGUUACUUGACAGUAAACCUGGCGUUUAGAGGUGAACAUGUCGCGUGUCACAGCUGAUCUGACAUAUAAAACGCUUGUCGAGUGUAAAUACAGUUAUCCCAAUGAGGUCCAAGAUGACAUCAAUAAUGUUUCAACAGAUUACCGAGACCUGCAGCUAUACCUGGAUUACUAUUUCUACCCUAACAAUGAUAAGAAGAAGUUGGUUUAUUUAGGUGGCACGGUUCCUGUAACAUAUGAAGGAAACAAGUACAACAUUCCAGUUUGCAUCUGGAUUCAUGAGACUCAUCCCAAAAACCCGCCCAGAUGUUUUGUCUGCCCAUCACCCACUAUGGUGGUCAAUGCUAAAAGCAGCAAUGUGGAUGCAUCUGGCUGUGUUCUUCUCCACUGUCUUAGCAACUGGAAAAUCGGGUGGUCAAACUUGUCAAUAGUUCUGGAGGAAAUGAUCGCCGCCUUUCAGCGGGAAACUCCCCUUUUCGCCACUUAUCCAAUCAGAUCCCCCUUACUACCUUCCCAAGCAACGCCUGCUGAAAUGAUAGUCAAGCAGAGCCCUGUUACAUCAUAUGGCAGCUGGCCGAAUACAGGCAGUGGCGCUGUGCAGAAUAACUCAACAGCUGAUGAUGGAAGCACCAACUCUUCAGUGACUCAGCUUGCCAGCAACACCCUACCCCAGAGCACAAAGUCCAACAGUAGUCUGUCCCAGGCCAGUGAAAUGGAUGCAGAUGGGGUUAAAAAGUCAUAUACACAAGAGUUGCUGGAUUUCGGGAUCACAUUUGGAGCACAAACUUUAGGGAGUAAACACCAAACAAAUCCAUUCAUUUCUCCUGCUCCAGCCAGCAAUUCUGCUGAUGUAAAUGAAAUAGAUGACCUGUUUAAAAGCCUUCAGUUACAAAGAGUAGUCAACAUGUACCAACUGGACAGCAGAGACAGAGAUGCUGGGGAAGAUUCUGAGGGUGACCCCGUGGUUCCCCCAAAUUUAGUAGAUAACCAUCACAGACUGGUGGUGAGCGGACUACCUGUGGGUGUCUCUCCAAGCAAGAUGAGGAACAAGCUAACCAUUUAUUUCCAGAGAAAGCAGAAUGCGGGAGGAGAGGUUCUGGAUGUCAAAUAUCCUGCAGCGAGGCCAGACCAGGCCAUGGUCCUCUUCAGAAACCGCAGAGAUGUAGCACAGGCUUUGCAACAGCCUAAGAGGGUGAUUACAAUUAAUGAGCAGCGAUUUCUUAUUCAGCUGAAGAAGUUUGAAGAUAUGAAGAUCCCAGGUGGUGUCCAAGGUGAGAAAGCUGAUAUGUUUAGGAGCAUCUUGAGUAUGGAUGGGUGCAGUUUUAGCCCUACGGACGUGCUGGAAGCAGUGCAGUCGUGCCGAGACCUCCCAUCAGCCCUGAAAUAUCUCUCCCAUGUCUGUCCUAUAUGCCAGGAGCAAGCAUCCAUCAACAGGAUGAUCACCAUGACACACUGUUCCUGCACCUUCUGUGAGAGCUGCUUUAAGAAAUACUUCUCCUCUGUCAUUAAAGAAAAGAGUAUCGUGUACGCGGUGUGUCCCCUCUGUAAUCUUCCUGAUGUGCGAGGAGGCAGAAGGGAGGACACUAUGGAGUACUUUAGUCUACUCGACACACAGAUCAGGUAUUAUUUGGAUCCUCAGAUUCAUGAGCUUUUCCAAAGCAAGCUCAGAGACCAGGCUCUUCAGGAAAUGCCCAACUUCCGCUGGUGUGCACAUUGCUGCUUUGGGCUUCUUCAUGAAUCAGACAGACUGAGGAUGGACUGUCCCAGCUGUGAGAAAAGCACCUGCUUUAAGUGCAAACGGCCUUGGGCUCCACAGCAUGAAGGAAUCUCCUGUGAGAGGUUCAGAGAGUGGGAGCAACUCAACAGCCCGGAGUAUCAGAACUCAAAGCUGGAGCAGCUUCUUAGCAGGAAUAAAAUCGACUGUCCAAAAUGCAAAUUUCGAUUCUUCCUGGCUAGAGGAGGAUGCCUGCAUUUCAAGUGCACUCAGUGCCAGCAUGAUUUCUGUGGCGGAUGCAGUCAGCCCUUUAAACAGGGCGCUGCAUGUCAUUUUUCUGCUGAUUGUGGAGCGAAGGGCUUACAUGCUCAUCACCCUAGAGACUGCCUGUAUCAUUUAAGAGAUUGGAGUGUACCCAGAUUACAGGACCUGCUACAGUACUAUGGAGUCUCGCAUCCUCUAAUGUUCAGACCCAAAGGUACAAUAGGGGGAAACUCAAAAGGUAUUUGUGGUGUAAUGGAGUUACCAGAAAUGGGAGCUGUGAAAGAGGAGCCGUGUGGACGACUAGCUUGCCCUGAGUACAGCGGUUACUGCGUUUUACAUUAUAAAGAGUGUCUGGUGGAGUUAAUAAACAAGAAUGCACUGGAUCCUCUGGUACUGUUCGAUGGUGCAGAGUUACGGGCAGAACUGUGCCGAUGUAAAGUGCCAGUCCCAGAGAAACAACCUUUAGAGACUGAUCAGCGGUAUGAGGACAGACUACGGCAGCUCGUUGGAAUGCUUGAUUCUGAUUGGCCAGUCACGACAUUUGCAGAUUUUAAAAGAGAGGGUGGCUUUGACCAGCCGUGUGGCCUCUGGACUGAAGACAACAGCACCUCCCACACCUUCCCCGUCUUCUCCUCCUGAAGCAGCGGCAGCAGCAGCUCCGUGGUAUUCGAUGUUGAGUCGUGCCGUUCCCGAGGACUCUCAGCAUUUACUGCUGCUUACUGAUUGAAGCUCUGGAUUGCUGCAGUGCUGACUCCAUUCCAUUCACUAACUGCUCAGAGACAAGCCAAACUUUUUUCCGUUCGUUUUUAAUACAUUGUGAAAGGAAAUAUCUCACCCUUGCACAGUUUGCAUUAAAAAGUGCUAAACAACCAGCCAUGAUGAACUUUUUGAGUUUAAACUUUUUCAGUAUGAACACUAAGGGUUGUAUGGCACUUAAAACCUCUAUAAUGUACUAAACUCUCACUUUGUAAUCUCUUAAAAGACAGUGGCUGUCAAAUCCACUUAUAUUCUCUAACUGAUGACAGUAAGGGUCCACUCGUACUUGUAACUUUUGUUAAGGUUUAUAUUAAGUCAGCAUUUUACUGAGCACAAGUUUGCACAUUUGGCUGUUGUGAAAUGUAUGGCACGAGGAUUAUUUUAUUGUGUGAAUAACUGUGAAUAUAAAACAUUAUUUUCUAA